GUUCCUUCGCCAGCCAUGGCGCCGCCCGCCGCCCGCCUGCUCGUGCUGCUCUGGGCCUUCGCCGCCGCCCGCGACGCCUCCGACUCGGCGCUGUUUAACGAAGAAGUGAAACGGACGGUGGACCUGAGCAGCCACCUGGCCAAAGUGACGGCCGAUGUGACCCUGGCGCACCCGGGAGGCGCGGCGCCCGCCGCCGCCUCCUUCCUGGUGGCCCUGGAGCCCGAGCUGGAGGCCCAGAUGGCCCACCUCGGGGUCCAGGUGAAGGGAGAAGAAGAAGAGGAGAACACCUUAGAGGUGCGAGAGACGAAAAUUAAAGGUAAAAGCGGCACAUUUUUCACCGUGAAGCUCCCCUCUCCCCUGACUGCUGGAGCCAAGAUCCGUGUGUCGAUCGAAACGGUCUUCACCCACGCCCUGCAGCCCUACCCAACCCAGAUCACCCAGGCAGAGAAGCAGUUUGUGGUGUUUGAGGGGAACCACUAUUUCUACUCACCUUACCCUACCAAGACACAGACCAUGCGUGUGAAGCUGGCCUCCCGCAACAUCGAGAGCUACACCAAACUGGGCAACCCCACGCGCUCCGAGGACAUGCUAGAGUAUGGGCCUUUCAAGGAUAUCCCGGCUUUCAGUCAGGAUCCUUUCAAAGUGCAUUAUGAGAAUAACAGCCCCUUCCUGACCAUCACCAGUAUGACUCGAGUCAUUGAAGUUUCUCACUGGGGCAAUAUUGCCGUGGAGGAAACUGUGGACUUGAAACACACGGGAGCUGUGCUUAAAGGGCCUUUCUCCCGAUAUGACUAUCAACGACAGCCAGACAGCGGGAUUUCUUCUGUCAAGUCUUUCAAGACCAUCCUCCCUGCUGCCGCUCAGGAUGUCUACUACCGAGAUGAGAUUGGAAAUGUUUCCACCAGCCACCUUCUGAUCCUGGAUGACUCUGUGGAGAUGGAGAUCCGGCCCCGCUUCCCGCUCUUCGGGGGAUGGAAGACCCACUACAUCAUUGGCUACAACCUGCCGAGCUACGAAUACCUCUAUAAUCUGGGUGAUCAGUAUGCCCUGAAGAUGAGGUUUGUGGAUCAUGUGUUUGAUGAGCAAGUGACCGAUGCUCUCACUGUGAAGAUAAUCCUGCCAGAAGGGGCCAAGAACAUCCAUGUCGACAGCCCCUAUGAGAUCAACCGGGCCCCGGAUGAGUUGCACUACACCUACCUGGACACAUUUGGCCGGACUGUGCUUGUGGCCCAUAAGAACAACCUGGUAGAGCAGCAUAUUCAGGACAUUGUGGUGCACUACACAUUCAAUAAGAUCCUCAUGCUUCAGGAGCCCUUGCUGGUGGUUGCAGCUUUUUAUAUCCUGUUCUUCACAGUAAUCCUCUAUGUGAGGCUGGACUUUUCCAUCACCAAGGAUCCAGCCGCUGAAGCCCGGAUGAAGGUGGCCUGCAUUACGGAGCAGGUACUGACCCUGGUUAAUAAGAGAUUGGGCCUGUACCGCCAUUUCGACGAAGCUAUCAAUAAGUACAAGCAGUCCCGCGACAUAUCCACCCUCAACAGUGGCAAGAAGACCUUGGAGACUGAGCACAAGGCCCUGACCAAUGAGAUUGCCUCACUGCAGGCCCGACUGAAGACUGAGGGCUCCGACUUAUGCGAUAAAGUCAGCGAGAUCCAGAAAUUUGACAGCCAGGUGAAGGAUCUGGUGCUGAAGUCAUCUGGAGAAGCAGAGAGGCUGGUGGCUGGCAAGCUCAAGAAAGACACCUACAUCGAGAACGAGAAACACCAUUCAGCCAAACGACAGGAUCUAGUCUCCAAAAUCGACAGCAUCCUCGAUGCUUUGUAACUGCGGUACUGCCACGUUGGGGAGGGAACAACUCCCAUGUGCGAUCAAUGGUCCCUGAGUGUGCUCGUGCCCUGAGCCGCAGCAGUUGAUGCCCCCUGGGGUGGCGGGGGUGGGUGGGGGGUGGGGGAUUAGAGAUGUGUUGGAUUGAAUGUGGAAGUGGGGGAUUUUGAUGGCCCCAAUUUUUCAAAUGGUGAGGGUUUUUGAAAUUGGCUCUCCCCAAUCCUUUGUGUUCCUGGAAGAGGUUGAGAGCAUACAGGGUUGAGUAGGGCUACCUGUCUCACCUGAAGAGCCUGAAAAGACCUUUCCUUUUUUUCUUUAUAUCUUUUUUGUUUUCUCUCUCUCUCUCUCUCUCUUUUUUUUUUUUUUAAGCAAGGUAAGAAGGUAAGCCUUUCAGAACCUUUUGGGAAGGAAACUGAGCUGUGGAUUUUUUUUUUAUUUUUGUGCAGAAAUUGAAUUGUUAAAUGCAGUGUUCUAGAGUGAACCUGGAAAACUUCUAGUAUGUGCCCUUCCAGCUUGCGAUGUUUUUGUUCGUUUGUGUAUAUGUGCGUGCGUGUUUAAAAUUGCUUGUGAGACCAAAUUGAAAUAAACCAGGGACUGUGAAUGUUUGGUAAA